AUGUCUGCGCCCUACAAGCCCACUGCCGCAGAGGCGUCGAGUUCAGGCGCCUCUUCGUAUCUCUCCAACUCCUCCCCGCGCUCCGGAACCGGUGCCGGUGGGGCAGAGCGUGAUCCGAGUCAGCCGCGCGACUUUGUGCAGGUCAUGUCGCACAAGACGCCCAGCAAGUACACGGACCCCUGCGCACACGCCGCCAAGCUCUCGAUGAAGUGCCUCGACGACAAUGCCUACGACCGCUCCAAGUGCGCCGACGCCUUUAACCAGUACAGAGAGUGCAAAAAGGCCUGGAUCAAUCAGCGCAGGACCGACAGACUCAACAACCGCCCAGGCGCUUUCGACUAG